UCUCUAACAAGCAAAUUAUAAAGUGAAGUCACGCGAGAUAGGUCAUCUCCAACAAAUGUCACAACAAAAGAUUUAAUAACAAAUAACCGAAAUGAAUCGCUUCGAAUAUGUAGAGGCCCGUCUAAGUCCUAAUGAAUCCUUCGUAAGUCGCGACAACAAGGUGAAAAUAUACGAUGGGGACCAAAAGACGGAGUUUGAGGAGGGUGAAGUUGUUCUCACCACGCACCGACUUUUCUGGGGUCGUCCAGGGGAAAUAGCCCGAGCUGCUGUAACUCUUUGCCUGCCACUCAGCUAUGUGGUAUCCCUCAGCGAGGAAACGACUGCCUCUAACUUCUUUGGCCGCAAAACCCGAAUUAUCAUGCAUCUCCGCCCGCCAGGACCGGAUAAAGCACCAGGACCACUGGACACCAGUCGCGCAACCCACAUAAAAUUGUCAGGAAAGAACGGUCUUAGUGUGGAGUUUCACAGUGCACUGCGGGAAACUCUUAAUGCCCGCGUCUGGGAAAUUCUUUUUACCAGCGAGACCAUUGUUAAUGGAGUGGCUAGCAGUCCCACCUCGGAGCCAGCAAACGAUAGAUUGGCUCGAAUUCAAAAGCGAACUGGAAUUGGCGGCAUUGAGCGUCACCUGGAGGCGAAAUCCAAAGCCACGGAUGAGAACAUAGCCCUGGCCUUUCAGGAUCUCAGUGUGCUAAUGGCCAUGGCAAAGGACAUGGUUGGAGUGUCCAAGACAAUAAGCAGCAAGAUACGCGAACAAAAGGGCGAGAUAUCCGACGACGAGACGGUGCGGUUUAAAUCCUAUUUAAUGAGCCUCGGAAUCGAUGAUCCAGUGACGAGGGACAACUUUACCAGCAAUUCGGCGUACUUCAGCAGUUUAGCACGACAGAUUUGCGAAAUGCUUCUCGAUCCCCUCGAGGAGCACGGGGGCAUGAUGUCCUUGGCUGAUGUUUACUGUCGCGUGAAUCGAGCCCGUGGAUUGGAACUUCUAUCACCCGAGGACUUGCUGCAUGCCUGCGAGCAGCUUAGUGGUCCCAUUCGCCUGCGCAGCUUUCCCAGCGGCGCAAGAGUGUUGCAACUGGAGUCCCACGAUGAUGCCCUAAUUGCCGUUGACACAUUGGAGAAGGUUGAACAAGCUGAAUCUCUGGCUGUGGAAGAACUGGCCAAGCAGCUAGGAAUCUCGCUUCUGCUUGCCAAGGAGCGAUUGCUGGUGGCCGAGCGUCUGGGAAAGGUGUGCCGUGAUGAGUCCGUGGAGGGCCUGCGUUUCUACCCCAAUCUGCUGCUAAACCGAGACUAACUUAACUGUGAAUGUGCUUGUUACUAGAUAUGCUUAAUAAACAAUUAUUACUUUUUAUUUAAAACUGA